CCUAAAAUGGGAAUCGCCGUCGUUGAAACCCCCACAAAACCAUUCGCAGGACAGAAACCCGGAACAUCUGGUCUUCGCAAACGGGUUCCGGAAUUCCAGCAGCAGAAUUACACGGAAAACUUUGUUCAAGCAAUUUUGGAUGCUGGUCUUGGAUCGAAAAAGAAGGGUUCUCAGUUGGUUGUUGGUGGAGAUGGACGGUUUCUUUCGAUGGAAGCCACAAAUGUGAUUAUUAAAAUUGCAGCAGCCAAUGGGCUUUCCCGUCUUAUCGUCGGUCAAAACGGUUUCUUGUCGACGCCAGCUCUCUCGAAUCUUAUCAGAAAAGGACACGAAGGUCGUGUUGUUGAUGGAGGAAUAAUUCUCACUGCUAGUCACAAUCCAGGAGGUCCAAAGGGAGAUUUUGGAAUCAAAUUCAACUGCGAAAAUGGUGGACCUGCUCCAGAUCAAGUCACUGAUGCCAUUUAUCAGAUCACAACUAAAAUCGAUAAAUACUUGAUUGCCAAGGAUUUAGAAUGCGAUUUUACACAAGUUGGAAGAUAUGAAUAUGAUAUUGAGGGAGUUGGUCACUUUGUCGUUGACGUCAUUGAUUCAGUUACCGAAUACAUCAACCUCAUGCAGAAAAUCUUUGAUUUCCCAAAAAUCAAAUCCCUUCUCGCUGGUGAACUUACUGGACGCAAACUCAGAGUUUUACUUGAUUCGAUGCACGGAGCAACUGGACCAUACAUCUCUACAAUUCUUGUCGAUCAUCUUGGAGCUGAUCCUUCUGAUCUUUUGAGAACUGUUCCAAAGCCAGAUUUCGGUGGAGGUCAUCCAGAUCCAAAUCUCACCUACGCAAAAACUCUUGUUGAACGCCUCCACACCGGAGAACACGAUUUAGGAGCUGCAUUUGAUGGAGAUGGUGAUCGUAAUAUGAUUCUUGGAAAGAAUGGCUUCUUCGUUUGCCCCAGUGAUUCUUUAGCUGUUAUUGCUGAUAACAUUGAUUAUAUUCCAUAUUUCAAGACUCGUAAGGUUGCUGGUUUUGCUCGUUCAAUGCCAACUGCUGGAGCUGUUGAUUUGGUUGCCAAGGCAAAGGGACUUCAAGUGUAUGAGACACCGACCGGUUGGAAGUACUUUGGAAAUCUUAUGGAUGCUGGAAGAAUUGCUAUUUGUGGAGAAGAAUCAUUCGGAACUGGAUCUGAUCACAUUCGUGAGAAGGAUGGCGUUUGGGCACUUCUUGCAUGGCUUCAAAUUCUCGCAGACCGAAAAGAAUCCGUCGAGGAAAUUGUGACGAAGCAUUGGCAGAAAUAUGGAAGAAAUGUGUUCACUCGUUACGACUAUGAGAAUGUGGAUGCAGCUGGUGCCAACUUGUUGAUGACUUUCCUUGAAGCUCAAUUGCCAGCAUUUGUUGGAAGAGAUUUCUCGGCAAAUGGGGUUACAUAUAAGGUUGCUGUCGCUGACAAUUUCCAAUAUACUGAUCCAGUGGAUGGUUCAGUUGCAACCAAACAAGGACUCCGAAUUGUCUUCGAAGAUGGAUCUCGAUUGGUAUUCCGACUCUCUGGAACAGGAUCUGCCGGUGCUACCAUCCGUCUCUACGUUGAUUCGUACAUUCCUUCAAAUGACACUUCUCGCCUUCUACUUCCAGCUCACGAAUUGCUCAAACCAUUGGUGUUGAUUGCACUUGAUACUUGCAAAAUGGAGCAGUUCACUAAUCGCAAGGCUCCAACUGUUAUCACAUAAUUUUAGUAUUUAAAAAUGAUUUAUAUAUUGCAUGAGUUUAGCUAAAUAAUUAUGUGUAGAUUUUCCUCGGUUUAUAUAAUUUUAUGUUGCACGUAAACGAAAAGU